AUGCCACUCGACGUAGCGUCCGGCAACGCGGACUCGAGCCAGUCGUCUCCCCGUAAUCACCAAGCCGGUGUCCAGAUCGAUUUCGAAAGUUUGCGCUUGCGGGCCUCCUCGCUCGCCUCGCGCUGGAGUCGACGGAUUACCGUAGAUACCUUACGUCCGCUGCCCGUCUUUCUCGGCAUGGAACCCAACUUUUGUCUCGCCGCCGGAGCCUUCACCCCACCCGUACAGAAAGUCUCCAAAACGGCACCCGAAAAAGUGCAGUCACGCCUUUCCCUCAAUCUAGCCUACUUUAUUACCAACUACGCCGUCGUCAGUUUGACCGUCGCGCUCAUUGUUGCCUUGAUGCAUCCCGGAAUGGUCUUCUUUCUCGCACUCGUAUGGGGAUUGUGGACGCUACACGCCUACCUGAUUCGACACGAAAUCGUCGUUGCCGGAAUAGCACUACACACUCUCCUCACUGUCCAACACCGAUUCUACGCGUUGUUCGUUCUCACCACCGUUGUGGUACUCUGGAAAUGUCUCCGACCAGUAUUACUCUUUCUCGCCAUUACGGGCGUCUUGAUACUCACGCACGCCCUGCUCCGGGAUCCCAAACACAUUGAAGCCUCCACCGCCAAUACCUUCACGCACGGACACGCCAGCCACCGUGCGGGGACGCCGGACGCUACCGACGAAGAUUACGACGAUGGAGCCCGUAGCGGCGGCUCCAGCAGUAGUUCCGAAGUAUUGGUGGAACGACCCUCCGCAAACGCCGCGCGGACCGGAGACGUUAUUUAAUAGUCGCAUCAAUGUCAAUAGCACCGUCCGUGUCCGCCACCAACGCCUUUGCCUCCUACACCUACUUAUCAACAGUAAAGACGUGUAUAUGCCUGCCUGCCUACCUAUCUAUACCUACACACGACAAAUUUUUUGUAGUGAAGUGCUUUUACC